GUCUGCUGCUAGCGGUUGGUGGGGCCCGCGCCUGGGUGUGCUGCCGCGGGAGGAACCCAGGUCCCGGGCCGAGGCUGCCCCGGGGAUGGUUUUAGUCGGCACAAACAUGGCUGCGGCCCUGCGAUCUGCAGGCGUCCUGCUCCGCGAUCGGCUGGUAUAUGGUGGCUCAAGGGCCUGUCAGCCGCGGAGGUGCCAGUCGGGUGCAGCCACAGCAGCAGCCGCCACAGAAACAGCCCAACAUGCCAGAAGCCCCAGAUCUCAAGUUCAGCCGGGGAACAGGCAGCCGAAAACUGGAAUCUUAAUGCUGAACAUGGGAGGCCCUGAAACCGUCGGAGAAGUUCACGACUUCCUUCUGAGGCUCUUCUUGGAUCGAGACCUCAUGACACUUCCUGUUCAAAAUAAGCUGGGACCAUUCAUUGCCAAACGCCGAACCCCCAAAAUUCAGGAGCAGUACCGCAGGAUUGGAGGCGGAUCCCCCAUCAAGAUGUGGACUUCUAAGCAAGGGGAAGGCAUGGUGAAGCUGCUGGAUGAGUUGUCCCCGCACACAGCCCCUCACAAAUACUAUAUUGGAUUCCGGUAUGUCCACCCGUUAACAGAAGAAGCAGUUGAAGAGAUGGAGAGAGAUGGGCUGGAAAGGGCGAUUGCUUUCACACAGUAUCCACAGUACAGCUGCUCUACCACAGGCAGCAGCUUAAAUGCCAUUUACAGAUACUAUAAUGAAGUGGGCAAGAAGCCCACGAUGAAGUGGAGCACGAUUGACAGGUGGCCCACCCACCCCCUCCUCAUUCAGUGCUUUGCCGACCACAUUCUGAAAGAAUUGGACCAUUUUCCACUUGAGAAGAGACGCGAGGUGGUUAUUCUUUUUUCUGCACACUCACUGCCAAUGUCUGUGGUCAACAGAGGGGACCCCUAUCCUCAGGAGGUGGGCGCCACCGUCCAGAGAGUCAUGGAUAAGCUGGGUUACUCCAAUCCCUACAGACUGGUUUGGCAGUCCAAGGUUGGCCCGAUGCCCUGGCUGGGUCCUCUGACACACGAGGCCAUUAGAGGGCUUUGUGAGCGGGGGAGGAAGAAUAUCCUUUUGGUUCCGAUAGCAUUUACCAGCGAUCACAUUGAAACGCUGUAUGAACUGGAUAUCGAGUACUCUCGAGUUCUAGCCAGUGAGUGUGGGGCUGAAAACAUCAGAAGAGCAGAGUCUUUUAAUGGAAAUCCACUGUUCUCGAAGGCCCUGGCCGACUUGGUGCAUUCACACAUCCAGUCCAACGAGCGCUGCUCCACGCAGCUGACCCUGAGCUGCCCGCUCUGCGUGAAUCCCGUGUGCAGGGAGACCAAGUCCUUCUUCAGCAGCCAGCAGCUGUGACCCGGCCAGAGCACCGCUGGGAUUUGGCAGGUGCCCAGCCUCCAGACGCCUCCGAGGUGGAAGAGGAUGUAUUUAGCAUUAGGGAGGGAGUUACAUUGGUGUGGGUGUAGCCCUGGGCCACAAAUUGGGUACCUUCUUGAGGAAUGGACUCUGAAAUCCUUACCGAGGGGUGUUUUUAUCGACCAAUAGAGUAAGCAUUUAUAGUUCCCCUCUCAGUGAAACUGCAUCAAGUGUAGGUUCCAGAAGUGCUUUGAGAGGCCCCAGGCACACGGGGCUGAUAAACGCGUGGCACUCCUGCAUUUGUCAUCCCCGCGUUGGUGCCACAGGACGGGGGGCUGGAAAUGCCACUGAAGGGCUGCGUGUCCAGAGCUCCUCUCAGGACCUCGUGGAACUUUCCAUUGAGCAUCUUCUUCGUCUUGGUCGAAUGUCCCCUUUCCGCACAUUUGUCUGGAGAUUUAUUUUAUAAAGUCAACUAUGUUUGGUAACCUCAAAUUCUUAAUCUACAAUUUUUAUUAUAAAAAUGAUAUAACCGUGCUCUUGGAAAUUUAAAAAAUAGAGAAAAGGAAAAUAACCACUCUAAUGCAACAAGUAUUAUUCAUAUUAUUGUAUUUCAUGCUAGUCUUUUCCUGUGGCUAUUUUAGGUGCCAUUAUAACCUUGAAUUUGUGAGUGAAAAGUUGACCUAAAAUGUAGAAAUAAUGUAGGAUCAGAGUCAGAUCUUCUCUACCUGGAUUUAUAUGGAUUUAAAAAAUCUCUGAUGGAUCCAUAGUGAAUGUGUAAUAAUUACUUUCUCUUUCCUUUAAGCCUUACAACUUUGUUCUUCUAAAAUGCAUUUCUUUUUUUUUGAAGCCAGUGAAAGUAUUAGUGGAGUCAUAGAUCUUCUAUAUUCAGUAUUUACUGUAUUAAUAAAUAUGACAUCAUUAAGGUUUUAACCAGUCUGAUUCAUUCUCUCUGUUAAACCAAAAGUAAUCCAAAUUCAUUACUAAUCAAAAUUGUGAAAUAAGAGGAAUUUACUUUGUAGUACAAGAAAAGAAACAUGCCAUCCACGUUAGUUAAUAGUUUUCCCACACUGAUAACAGCUCUGAAAUUUGAGUAGCAUCUACACUUUUUUUUUUUCCAAAUUGGCUUUCCUUUUAGUAGAUUGUGAUUCCAGAAGAGGGUACAAGGCAUAGACAGUUGUUUAGAAUUUUCCUCUUCUGUUUCCACCCACUUUGGGGGGACUAGGUUCAAGGUAGGCUUUGAGUGACCUUGGCGGGAUGGGGUAGGGAGCAGCUUGUGUGUUAGCCAGAGGGCAGAGUUUAAAGCUGGCGGCCAUAAGAAAGAACUAACACCUGCGUGUGUACGCGUGUGCUGGUGUGUAAGCCUAGAGCCCUUGACUAGACCCUUGGUACUGCAUCUCUAAGCUCUCAACCCAGCCUAUAGAACCCCUUCUGUCAGAUCCUGAAGAUGGCCCAGGAACAUGCUUCCCAGCAUUGGGUGGAAAUGGGAAAUUCAUUGAGAUGUUGCAAGCUGGAAAAAGAA